AUGUCAGAAUCAUUCAUUGAUGUAUCAAAGAGUGGUAAUGAAGCCAUUCAAUUAAACCUACCGACUGGUUUAGAUUUCCAUAUAACUAAGCAAGGUUCCGAUUGGUUAUGGGCCGUUUUUUCAAUUUUCGGUUGUUUCUUACUUUGUUAUUUAGUAUUUUUCUUCUAUGCUGAAAUUAAAGGUUCCAAAUUAACAAGAUAUGCUGUUGCACCAGCUUUAUUAAUUUCAUUUUUCCAAUUCUUUGCAUAUUUCACAUAUGCUUCUGAUUUGGGUUGGACUGGUAUUGAAGCUGAAUUUAAUCAUAUUACAGUGAAAACUUCAAUAACGGGUGAACAUCCAGGUGUUAGACAAAUUUUCUAUUCGAAAUAUUGUGCAUGGUUUUUAUCUUAUCCAUGUUUACUUUUCUUAUUAGAAUUAUCAGGGUUAUCAAGUUCUGAUGAAGAUGUUUCUGCCUUGGAUACUAUUCAUUCUUUAUUGAUGCAAAUGAUUGCCACUGAAUUUUGGGUUGUUUCAUUAUUAGUUGGUGCUUUAAUUAAAUCUACAUAUAAGUGGGGUUAUUGGACUUUUGGUGCUGUUGCCAUGUUAUUGGUUCAAGGUGUCAUUAUUAAACGUCAAUUUUUCACUUUAAAUGUUAAAGCCAUUGAAUUUAAGAGUUUGAUGUUGAUGACUUCGAUGUUAAUUGUUUGGUUAUAUUUCAUUUGUUGGGGUAUCUCUGAAGGUGGUAAUGUCAUUCAACCAGAUGGUGAAUCUGUCUUUUACGGUGUCUUAGAUCUUUGUAUGUUUGCUGUUUAUCCAGCUUUCUUAGUCUUUACAAUUGCUAAGGAUGGUAAACUUCCAAAUAUUACUGUAAAUAAUCCAUUACCAGGUAUUCAUAAGCAUCAUGAAAAUGAAAAUGAUCUACAAGAACAAGAAACUGACAGUGAAGAUGAAGAAGGUGUUCAUCAUGAAAAGGAAGUAAGUCCUGAUUCUCCAAGAGCUUCAGGUGCAACUGCUUUCCAACCAGAAGAAGAUGAAGCUGCUAAUGUUGAAACGUCAACCUAG